AACAACACAGAAUGGUGUAGGUCCUGCCCUUCAGAGCCAAGGGCAUCGGCUACCCACUCCUCUGCCAAGCUAGAACGUUUCCAGGCCCAAUGCCUUAGGGAGGGGCUGGCAGAGUGGGACGAGGACAUUACCAGACAGGUGCGGUAGGUCACGUGCAGGCCUUCCCAGGCUGGCAGAGACACUGGAUGCAGGAGUGGCCUCACCCAGAGAGGAUGGCAUCCUGGGGACACAGGAGGCUGCAGGGGCCAUCUGGCCCCAGGUACCCACGGAGAUUUUGGCAUUGGCAGCCUCGAAGCAGAUAGGGCCUGGGGAAAGGCCAGUGGAGCAGGGAGCAGCCCAUCUGGUCCUGCCUCGCCCAACAGGAGAUGCAAAUUCCAAGAUGCCCCUAACCAAUCUCUGCAGCCCAGGCCAGGGCUUGGGGCCCCUCCUCUCAGGCAAGUGUGUGGGGGUGACACUGGCGGGACUGGCAGGCUGCUCCGGGCCACAGGGCUCCUGUUGAGACGCUGAAGUCUGCGUCUUGGGGAUGCUCCGCACAGCCCCAAAUUGGAGCCUGUGCAGUCACGAUCCCGAGCUCCACAGUGCAGCCCCCACUGGGCGCGGCCCCUUUAAGUACAGCUCUUUCAGCUGCCAUUGGGGGCAGCACUGAGCAGCCAGGCCAGGAUCCGCGCUGCUGCCUGGAAGCUUCUGCCGGUGCCGGGGACGCAGCGGUGCCGAGGACACAGAGGAGCCGACCUGGGGGUACACAGCCCACCGGGGCACAGCCGGAGCAGCACCCAGGUGCUUCUGACCCCGGCAUGGAGGAAGCGCCCGCAUUCUCGGCCCAGGCCUGCAGCCAGGGCUACUCCGCCCGCUGCGCCCCAGGGCAAAAGCCCCGCAAGGCAGUGUGAGCUGGAGCCGCCAGCCUGGGGACCUCUUUUAAGAUGACCCGUACGGACCCUCCGGACCUGCUGGUGUCAACCGUGUACCAAGACAUCAAGGUGGCGGCCCCGGGACCCGCAACCAGGCGCCCGCCAUGUGAGCGAUCUGUGGCCCGGCCUGCUGAGCCCGAGCCUUUCAACAAGCGCCACUGCCGCAGCUUCGACUUCCUGGAGGCGCUGGACGGGCCGGCCAUGGAGACCCUGUCGGAGCCACCGCCCCCGGAGUCCGCUGUGCCGCGCUCCCGGACCCGCGAGGCCGAACCACGCCGCCGCGCCCGCUCCAAGAGCGCGCCCCGCGCGCCCCCGGGCCUGACGCCCGCGCCUGCCUCGCCGCCGGUGUUGCCCCGCCGAGGGCGGGAGGCCCAGCGUGCGGCGCGGGCCGAGGCAUCGCCGCGCCGGGAGCCCGCGUACCCGGCGCUCCGCGCCCUCGCCAAUGAGCUGCACCCCAUCAAGUUGCAGCCGCAGCGGGGCGGCCCCGGUCGCAUGGCGCCCCUGUGCGCCGCCGGCGGCCGCUGCGCACCUCCGGAGCCACCCGCGGGUCCCGCUCCCCACGUGCGCUGCCGCCUGGACAUCAAGCCGGACGACGCAGUGCUCCAGCACGCCGCCCGGGGCUCGCGGUCCUGCGGGCCCGCCGAGGCCGCGCCCUGGGCCCGCCCCUCCCCGCAGUUCCACGGCCUCACGGUACCCGGGCCUCGCCACAUGGCGCUGUCGCGCACCCCGACGCCCAGCGACUUAUACUGUGCGGACCCCCGGGCGCUCUACUGCGACGGGCCGCUGCCUGGGCCCCGGGACUACGCUGAGCGCCGCAGUCUGCCCUUCACCACCCCGCCGGGCCCCACCCAGUUCUUCUAUACAGAGGAGCCCGAAGGCUUCCGGGGCAGCUUUGCGGCCAGCCCCGGCCCAACCUUCGAUGCCUACUGCCCCAGGCCCUACCGGUCAGAGGAGUUCCCAGGGCCCAGUCCAAGGCGCAUGGGCGGCUACUACGCAGGAGAGGUGCGCACCUUCCCAAUCCAGGAACCGCCCUCCCGCUCCUACUAUGGGGAGGCUCCCCGAGCCUACGGCCUGCCCUACGGGCCCCGCUAUGUCUCCGAGGAGCCCCGGACCCACUCCACCGCCCGCCCCUUUUACACGGAGGACUUCGGACGGUACCGCGAGCGCGACGUCCUGGCUCGGACGUACCCGCACCCGCGCAGCAGCCCGGCCUGGGCGGACUGGGGCCCGCGACCCUACCGCACCCUGCAAGUGGCGCCGCCCUCUGACCCCGACCCGCUGCUCGCCUCCUGGCACGGCGGCACCGGCACCAGUCCGCCCCGGCUGGUCACCGACAGCCGCCACUACUCGCGCUCCUGGGACAACAUUCUGGCACCGGGGCCCCGCCGAGAAGACCCGCUGGGCCGCGGCCGCAGCUACGAGAACCUGCUGGGGCGCGAAGUGCAGGAGCCGCGAGGCGUGUCCCCGGAAGGCCGUCGCCCGCCCGUCGUCGUGAACCUGUCCACCUCGCCCAGACGCUACGCCGCACUGUCCCUGUCCGAGACGUCGCUGACGGAGAAGGGCCGCGCGGGCGACGGCCUGGGCCGCAACUGGUACGUGACGCCCGAGAUCACCAUCACCGACAACGACCUGCGCGCCACCGAGCGCCCGAGCGCCAGGGCCUGGGAGUUGCCCGGGGGCCGCACGCGGCCACCUCCCCACGCGGCCCCCGAGGGCCCCACCGCUGGCCGCCAGCGCAGCCUAGAGCAGCUAGACGAGCUCAUUACGGACCUGGUCAUCGACUCGCGGCCCCCCGCCGGCCAGGCCUCAGAGCCCGCGGCCGACUGCCUGGGCCCCCAGCUGCGCCGACUGCUGGACUCGCGGCCCGCGGGCUCUGGGGCCCCCGCGCUGGCGCCGCCACGCUCGCCCCCCGCCUCAGCCGGCAGCGCCGAGGAGCCCGCGGCCCGGGGAGAGGCGGCCGACGCGUCCCCCGAGCCCAGCGCCGACGAGGACGACCUGAUGACCUGCUCCAAUGCGCGCUGCCGGCGCACGGAGACCAUGUUCAACGCCUGCCUCUAUUUCAAGUCCUGCCACAGCUGCUACACCUACUACUGCUCGCGCCUGUGCCGCCGCGAGGACUGGGACGCCCACAAGGCGCGCUGCGUGUACGGCCGCGUGGGCAGCGUGUGCCGCCACGUGCUGCAGUUUUGCCGCGACAGCGGCCCGGUACACCGCGCCUUCUCGCGCAUCGCGCGUGUCGGCUUCCUGUCGCGCGGCCGCGGCGUGCUCUUCCUGGGCUUCCCAAGUCCAGGCUCGGCCGACAACUUCCUGCGCUUUGGCCUGGAGGGACUGCUGCUGUCCCCCACCUACCUAUCGCUGCGUGAGCUGGCCACACAUGCGGCGCCCCUGGGCAGCUACGCCCGCGAGCUGGCGGCUGCUGGGCGCCUCUACGAGCCGGCAGAGUGCUUCCUGCUCAGCGUAUCCGUGGCCGUGGGACCCGGCGCCGCGCCCCCGGGGACAACCGCCCUGCCCGCGCCCGCGCCACGCAGCCACGGGCCGACAGUGCGCAAGUUCGCCAAGGUAGCGCUGGCGGCCGGCAGCCCCACGCGGCCGCCCCCGGCGCGGAGCCGCGAGCCCGACAUGGAGACGCUGAUCCUGACGCCGCCGCCUGGCACGGCGGGCCUGGAUCAGGACGGCGAGGCGGGGCGGCGCGCGCGCGAGGUGGCCUUCAUCCACAUCCAGCGCGAGCUGCGGCUGCGCGGCGUCUUCCUCCGCCACGAGUUCCCGCGCGUCUACGAGCAGCUUUGCGAGUUCGUCGAGGCCAACAGGCGCUUCACGCCCACCACCAUCUACCCCACGGACCGGCGCACCGGCCGCCCCUUCAUGUGCAUGAUCAUGGCCGCCUCCGAGCCGCGCGCGCUCGACUGGGUGGCCAGCGCCAACCUGCUGGACGACAUCAUGUGAGGCGCGGGGCCCACCAGGCCCAGCUCAGGCGCUGGCCCGAACCCUGCCCUGCCCACUCAGGCCCCGCCCGGCCCACCCAGGGCCGCCCCCGAGCCCCGCCAGGGCCCCACCCCGGCUUCUCCUAGGGCCGCCUCUAAUUCCCUGGCCCUCCAAGCUCCGCUCAGUACGGCCUCCAGCUCCGCCCAGGCCCCCACCCCCCGGCCCUCCGCCCCCGUAGUGUUCCUCACGGGCUCUUCGCCUUCCCAUCCCCAGUAACCCCUCUCUCAUCUCCCGGGUCUCCUCCCUCUCCCAGCUCGCCCUCGAGGAUCCCCAGAAGAAGCCGGUCCUCGCCCUCGGUGCUCCCCGCUGGGAGGCGGGGUGGGCCUGAGGACCGCCCAGCUCUGCCUUCACUCGGAGGGGUCACUACUGCACAGACCCCACGCGUACAGAUCCGGUCCCCGUCGGUCCGCGGGGCUCUCGCUGGAGUCUCCCCGACUCCGGUUUCCCCUCGUCCAGAAGCCCGACGUAACAAAAGCCCAGUCUGUCACUUUAAACACGCCCCGCCCCGCCUCCCGCGGCUGGGGUGCCUCCUCUCUGGAGAACACCCUGGUCGACCUUCGUGCGUCCGUGUGCACGAGCGCGUCCCGGCGAGGCGGUGGGCAGGGCCGAGGGUGCGCGGUGCGUUACCGCUGGUCGGAUCCGUUACACUGACCACGCCACGCGCCCUGUCGUCCCCUCGCCUCCAGCCGCUGCAGUCUGGGCCCUGCAAGAGCUGGGAAAAGCCGCAGGAAGGUCUUCAGGCCGAUAUGCGAGUCUCCCAGCCGAAAGGGCACAGGACCUGGGCAGGGGAAGCAGAGCACGUGGGCCUGGCCAGAGCUGACACCUGGCUAGGAGAGGAAGGACCAAGGGACAGGGGGCGUUUCCAGGUGGGAGCCUGGAGGGGAAAGCGUGGUGCAAGCAGGUGAGGGAGCGAGCUAGUUGGUAAGCGCAGAAACCCACCCAAAGGGGCUUGCCCUGUCCCGAGAGGUCCCCGCACACCCGCUCUGGCCGCACUCCGUCCUGUGGGCGUGGAGGUGCAAGCCCGGCGGCCGGGCCUCCACCUGCCCCCCAAGCGCACCCUGGUCCGCGCCCAGGGCUCUCUGGAGGGUGGGGUGUCUGGGAGAGGAGUGGAGGCCAAACGCAAGGGUCCUCCUGGAGUCCCUAGCCCUACUUCGGAGCCAGGGAAGGGGACACCAAGUGAGAGAAACUGGGCACCCCUGCCUCCGCUCCUGCUCUCGCACCCGGCGCGCCCACCUCGUCCCCGCGCGUCUGCACCGGCCAGGCGUCCCGCUUGCCCACCCGCCGCCGCGCCCCGCGCCCCCUGCCCCAGGGCCUAUGCAUUCGGCCCCACCCCUGAGGGCCGGCCAGGAACACCCCUGGAUCGAAAUAAUUUCCAGGAAGCAAGAGCUUUCCAACCAAGUAAAAUAGAACUUGAAUGUA